AUGGGCGAAGACGGCACAAAACUGUUUCAGCAGAGGCUGGCCGAACGAACCCGCGAAGAUAAAGCAACACGCGAAGCAACCCUGGAGAGCAAAUUUCGUAAGCUGCCUGCUCCAAUGUCAUCCAAGAACGAAAAACUGGUGCACAACUUGUCGUCAAAGGAGCUGACGGAGGAACAAAUGCAGGUUUUGCGGCAUGAGGCCUCAUUCAGCACAGCCGAUGCCAAACCUGCAAACAUGAUCGCAGCAGUGGAAUCAAUCCUCAGCCAGACGGGAGCGACAGAAGAAACGAAGAACCUCACUCGACACCAAGUGUUUUCCCUCCUCAUGACUCAUAGGCCACGCGACGUGCUUUCCAAGGUCGAGCGCGAUGCACUUAAGGAACUCAGGGCCGACAACGACCUCGUUAUCGUGCUUGCGGACAAGGGGCGUUCAACGGUCUUAUUGGACAGGACAGACUACAAUCAAAAAGCCAAAAGUUUGUUGGAAGAUCGUCAGUCCUAUGUCCCAUGCGAAUCCAACCUCAUAAAAACGUUGACACGCGAGAUUAACGCGACGCUGUUGGCAAUGGAGAACUCAGGUGCAAUAUCGCCAAUCGACCGACGCAUGGCGAGAGCACAAGGAACGGCCCUAACCCGAUUCUACGGUCGAUCAAUAGUGCACAAAGAGGGCGCUCCUCUCCGGCCUAUCGUAUCACUAAAGGGCACUCCAACCUACGGACUGGCAAAGUGGCUGUUCCAACGUCUCAAGUUUCUGACCUCCGAUUCGAGCACCACAGUCAGCUCGUCAACGCAAUUCUUGGAGAAACUUAAAGGAGUAAGUCUCCUGCCAAGCGAUGUCAUGGCUUCCUUUGAUGUCACUUCCCUUUUUACUUCUAGCCCACAGGACCUGGCAGUCGAGACCAUCGAACUACUCCUACGUGAGAAAUACGACGAAACGGAGAAUCGUCCAAAUCAUGCAGCUCCUGAAGUUUUGACUCAAGACGUACUAUACGUUCGACGGAACAAUCUACGAGCAGGUGAAGGGAACGCCAAUGCGUUCGCCGAUUUCGGGACUCAUAGCCGAGGCGGUCCUACAACAGCUGGAGUCGCUGGUUAUCCGACACCACAGACCGAAAUUCUGGUCUCGGUAUGUGGAUGAAACCUUCGUCGACAUCGAACGGGAUCAGGGGCUGACAUUCAAAGAACAUCUCAACGCCGUCUUCCUGGGCAUUCAAUUCACGAAGGAGGAGGAGGAGGAGGAGGAGGAGGAGGAGGAGGAGGAGGAAAACAAUCAGCUGGCCUUCCUGGAUGUCCUCGUCUGCCGCAAAGAUUGUGGUGGCCUAAAAACCAAAGUGUUCAGGAAAGCGACAAAUAAGAUGCAAAUACUGAACUUCAAUAGCAACUACCUGAUCAGUCACAAACGCAGUUGCGUAAGGGCGAUAUACCGGCGCGUUGAGACGCACUGCAGUGAAAUGGAAGACAAGGUUGCUGAAUUACAAUAUCUUCGACGGGUAAUGAGAGCCAAUGGUUACCCGCGCAACUUUGUCAACUAG